UAUGUCCGGUAUUCUCAUCCUAUCUUCAUAAAUUGUCAUUUUUGGACUUUGUCAUAAGUAUUUUCAAUCUUUCAUGCACUGGGAGAGAUGGCUAACACUGUUUCAGGAGAAGAGGAGCAUCUCUCUAGCACAACCAUCAUCAUACCCUCUACCCCGGACCCAAAAGCAAACUAUCCAGGGAAUCAUCUUGUUACCAACAGCAGCAGCGGGAACAAUGCGACUACACCAAUGAUGGACCCUGGUAAUGGCCCUGGCCUCUUUCCUUCCGUCACUCCCUCGCAGUCUCUCACAACAGUAGCAACAGCAGAAGUGCCAGAGGGCCAACUCAACAAGGCAUUCAAGAGAACGAGGUCUCUAGGUGGUAGUGACGGGAGCAAGAAGUCCCCCGGCGUGAAAAACAUAGGUAUAGUGAUUGGAGAUUUUAAAGGACUCUAUCCAGAUGAGAUCACACUCACAGUUGGGGAAAGGAUAGAAAUACUCUCAAAAGACAUGAUUGUCUCCCGUAACAUUGGCUGGUGGGCGGGCCGGAACUCUAAAGGUACUGUGGGAAUCUUCCCAGCAGCAUCCGUCAAAGUCGUCUCACAACUUGAGGCUCAAUCGGACGAUACCGAUUUUGAAUACCCUCUUGAGAUACCGGCUGACGACAUUAAACUAGGGGACGUUAUUGGUCUGGGCGGGUUUGGCAAGGUAUACAGAGCCCAGUACAAAGGAGAAGAUGUGGCUGUGAAAGUCGCACGUCACACGACGUACGAUACUAUGAAAGCUGUUUCCGACGUCCUCUCCGAGGCAGAGAAAUUUGCUCACUUAGCACAUGAGAACGUUUGUGCACUGAUCGGCGUUUGUUUGGUUAAAGAUGUUUGCCUCGUUAUGGAGUAUGCUAAAGGUGGCCCAUUAUCGAAGAUACUACACGAGAGAAAUAUUACGCUAACUGUGGACAUUAUACUGGACUGGAGUCGACAGAUAACUGAGGGGAUGGAGUAUCUGCAUCAUGAGAUAACACCAUCAUUGAUACAUCGUGAUCUCAAAUCAAGCAACAUCUUGCUUCAAUAUGAAGUCAAUCCAGCUGAUCUGAAAGGAAACCUAAUCAAAAUCACUGACUUUGGCCUAGCCCGAGAGAUAGAGAACACAACUCAUCUCAGUGGCGCUGGCACUUACCCAUGGAUGGCUCCUGAGGUCAUCAAGUCCUCGGAGUUUUCAAAAAAGAGCGAUGUUUGGAGUUUUGGCGUUGUACUGUGGGAGAUAUUAACAGGAGAAAAGCCUUACAGCGGACUUGACAUGUUUGUUGUUGCUUAUGGCGUUGGACACGGGACACUUACUUUGCCCAUUCCAGAGCACUGCCCCCUAUCAUUAAGAGACCUAAUGAGCUGUUGCUGGAAGAGAGAGCACUCAAAGAGACCUUCGUUCACUCAAGUCAAGGAGAAAUUAGUAGAAAUACAAAAGACAGAGUUUCUGUACACUUCGGAUGAAGAAUUCAAAUCACUUCAAUCAACUUGGAAGAAGGAAGUCAAGAUGAAAUUUAAUGAUCUUAAAAAAGUCGAAUCGGAAGUUGAAAACAAAGAGAAACAUUUGAUACAGCAAAUGAAACUGCAGGAGGAAAGGGUAAUAGCAAUGAAGAAAAAUUUAGAGGAGAAGGAGCAAAGUCUUGUGGAUAUGAUGGAUAAAGUUCAAAAGCAACUUGAGAUCAUUGCAAGAGAGAGGGAGAAAAGACCACCAAGAACAAAGAAGUUUUUUCCCCGUAAGAUGCUCGAGUGGUUAACAAUGUCAUCAAGAGAGCAAAGACGUGCUAAAGCUACUGAUAAUAAGCUACCAAGCAAAACUAUUGAACGUAAGUGA